CGGGAUGUACUGCAGCAGCUGGCCCAACAACAGCAACAACAACGUCAGGGAGGACCCCACUUAGUUCAACAGGGAAAUGAGCGGGAUGUACUGCAGCAGUUGGCCCAACAACAGCAACAACUACAACAGCAACAGCAGCGUCAGGGAGGACCCCACUUAGUUCAGGUUAAUGAGCGAGAGGUAUUGCAGCAGCUGGCCCAACAACAACAACAACAACAACAACAACAACAGCAACAGCAGCGUCAGGGAGGACCCCACUUAGUUCAGGUUAAUGAGCGGGAUGUACUGCAGCAGCUGGCCCAACAACAGCAACAACAACGUCAGCAUCAUCAGGAAGGUAUGUCACGUUUAGGUCAGCAACAGCGACAGCAGUCAAAUACACAACGGCCUCCGCAUCAGGGUGGGCAACGGCGACCUCAAGAUCAGCGAACUGGUCGAGGAUCACGGCAGCAUAAUCAUAUCAACCGAUCCUCCAUCACCCCCAACAAUUCGAGUAAUAGCGUUCCUACUAGUGCGGACGUUGAGAAUGGUGGUAAUUCUAAACGCGAUGAAGAGGCACUUCAGGGGUUCAAAGAUAAAUACGCACGACAGGCUGAUGACGAUGCCCGUACGGAACAUCUACGCGCCCAAGCAGCCACCUCUGUUGGUGUUGUUGGUACACUCGACGUACCGCGCUGCAGCCAUAUGAUUGCCACCCACGAUGUUACUAUUGUCGUUACGGAUACCGGCACUGGCAAGAGUACUCUCAUCCCAAAAGCCAUUCUUGAUGAACAGCCCACAGCGCGGAUUGCAAAUGCCCAACCCCGCCGCACACCAGCCAUCAAAUUGGCGCAGCGUGUAGCAGAGUUGUAUGGUGAAAAGGUAGGAGAACGUGUGGGGUAUUGGGUGCGGGGCGAACAUGUUGGGGCAGUGGGUGAUACCCCUAUUAUGUAUGUGACGAACUACACUCUCUUUCUCCAUUUAUUACAUAAUGCUCCAGAUGAUAUUGGCCUUACACAUGUUAUAUUUGAUGAAUUCCAUGAGCGUACCACGGAGGUGGAAGUUCUACUACUUAUGAUGAAACUAGUAAUGCAGCGUUAUCCUGGAAAACUAAAACUGGUGUUAUGCAGUGCCACAGCGGAGGUUUCUAAAUGGGCAUGUUUCUUUGAUGACUUAACUGUUGCCGAGUACUCCAAGGCAAAUGCUAUGUAUCCUAUUCAUGAAUAUUAUUUAGAGGAUGUAUGUAAACUUGUAGGUAUGUCCUUUGUCGAACCAAUUAUGAGUCCCUCUGGUGUUGUACAAUCAACUCAACUUCAUGCUAUUAUUAUGUAUAUAAAAGAAAUGCUAAAGCUUUUGGCAGCAACAGCAGUACCGCAGCAUAGUAUUCUUGUCUUUGUUCCUGGUCGAACAGUUGUAGAACAGUUAUCAACAUGGAUUCGUGAUAAUUUAGGGGAUCAAUUAGAUCCUAUUCCAUGGUACCGUGAUAUUGAACUCGCCUUUAUUCAAGAAGCUCUCCAACGGGAGUCUGUGACUAAGAAGAAGGUAUAUGUGGCUACCGAUAUUGCAGAAGUUUCUCUUACUUUACCAGAUGUAGUCUUCGUUAUAGACUCUGGUACUGCUAAAAGACCACAUAUUAUUGAAUCAAACCCUAAUUCUGUAGCAUUUCCACCACUUGAACUUGUUUGGGAAAGUUCUGUAAAUUUAAUGCAGCGUCGUGGUCGUAUUGGGCGUGUACAACAAGGAUUUUUCUUCACUAUGCUUUCACGCAAACAAACUCAGGAAUUGUUACCGAAUGAAUCCCGAUUAGGAAAUGCUGUAUUACAUGAAAUUGUACUUCACUCACUUCAUUUAACACCAUCACCAUUUUUAAUGUUUUCUCUCUGUCGUGAGGAGCCACGAAAAGUAAGUGUACGACUGAGUUUAUCAACAUUAUGUGAUGGUGGUUACAUUGUACCAGAAGCCGACACCAACGCAUUGAUUGAAGGUAUUGAUAACUCUAUACACCUUCGUGUAAAAGAGGCAUGGAAUGCACUUAUUCUUAGCGCACAUGAAAAUAAAUCAAAUGGUAAAAAUCCUUCAGAUUACCCACUUGCCUAUCUUCGCUUUAAUGUAACCUUACGAGGUUUAAUUGUUGGUGGACUUCCAUUUGAUGUGGAAUCUGGUACAAUUGUCUUUCAUGGACUCGUAAUGGGAUUAACAACACUUGGUAUUAUAGCAGCAGCGUGUGUAUCCUGCAAUACACCCUUCUAUGUUCCUUAUAAUCCAAUGGACCGAAAAGAACGUUUACAACAACUUCUUCAGGUGGAAGAAGUGAUGCGUGAGUUUAAAGGGGAAUACUAUAAUGAUGCCGUCUCAGCUGUUGGGGCUGUUAUUGCGUAUAUGGCCAUGCAGCGUGAAGGAUUAUCUGAAGAGGGACAAAAUGCCUGGUGUCAAGAGCGUUACUUAAGCCGAAGUCGGAUUACAGAUAUUUUACUUGUAGUGCGACAAACCAAAGAUCAACUUGCCGCUAUUGUUCCUUUUGAAGAUGUAACAGAUGUGGAUGAACUGCUGGAGCAAUAUAAUGAACACACAAUAACUCUUUCUCUCAUGUGCUCUGCAGCUCAUAUGCAUCAUGCUAUUUAUGUUCUCUAUGAUGCUCAACAGGCCGAGAAAAAACGGUACGCAGGAAGUGGAGUGUUUGUAAACAUUAAUUGCUGUAGAGAUAAGUCGGUACCAACAACAUGUCCAUGGAGUCAGGAUACAGUUUGUAUUCCGUUUACCCUACAAACUAUAUAUGGAAGACUUGUGGGUUCAUUCUCCUCUCAACUUCGACCUGAAGUCUUUAAUGUAAUGCUGCUUCUAUUCUGUAGUCGUCUCACCUAUGAGGAGAUUAAGGAAAAUACUGAUAUUGUUACCUUUGAGGUAUCCCAAAGUGGGAGUUGUGUUUAUAUUAACUGUGAUAGUACAACAGCCCUUCAGUUAUUACAACUCCGACGUUUAAUUUGUGCAAAGUUAUGCGUAUUACAUCUUCUUAUGCUGCGUGAGGUUUCACCUAAUGACCAUGAGGCCACAGCGGAACACCUGCAAAAGACUGGAAGUGAUUUUGGUAUUCCCGCCGGUUUAGAUCAACACCCACAUCUCAUCUCUGCUAUGAUUACUUCUUCUUUAAAGAAGGUUGUACAACGCAUUGAAAUGGGCGCAGCGUCUGCAAAGGAGUCCAUGGCAAAUCCCACCGCAAACCCUGAUGUUGAAACUUCUACUAGUAAUAAUAAUAGUAAUAAUGAUAGUAAUAAAGAUAGUAGUAGUAGUAGUAAUAAUAAUAAUAAAAAGGUGCAGCCACUCUGCAAUGCCACUAUGCGCCCAGCGGAGUUUCACCCCACGCGGCAGUCGGCUCUUGUCUUCUCAAGUAACGGCUGCGCGGGUUAUGAACACGUCGUGCUGAGCGGAAUGACUUCUGUGCCGCGGGACCCGUACGCCUCUCCACGGCCACGCACGUGA